AUGCCACUUUUCCUGAAAGCAAAAACAAAAACAAAGUCAAAGAAAUCGGUAAAGGAUCAGCAAACAUCAGCGAAACGAAAUCAGCGACUGGUUUUCAGCGCCCAAAAAACUGCAGCCACCAGACAACUUUCUUGUGUCUCCGCAAACCGACCAAGCAGUCGUCGUGUAGCGCACAGUCUAAAGGCAUCUGGAAAAAAUGUGGAAGUUAUUGGCAGUGAUCGCCAAAGAGAUCAGGAAAAGCAAGACCAAGCAGUGCAAGAACUGGUUGAGCAUCUGAAGUCCAUUGCACCAUUCAACAAACGUUGGCAAGUAAUUGAAACAAUAAAUCAAGGUACAUAUGGUGUGGUAUUUUCUGUUCGCGAUGUUGUCACAAAAGUAUACGGCGUUAUUAAAGUGGCUAAGUCGAUGGCCAACGAAGCUGGCAAUGUUUCGGCUGAGUGGGAAGGAUUUAUCCUAGAAACAAUGUUCAAAAGAUCCGAAACCGCAUCAAUCGUUCGCUUGUUAGAUAAAGGUAUGCUUGCCGAUCAGCAUGGCGAAGGUAUGGAAUUUGUGGUAUUGGAAAAAGCGGCGGUACCAGUCAAAGACUACAUUUAUGAGGUAGAAGGAGCGCACAGAAAAUACCGUGCGGCAAAUAUUUCAUUACAAAUGCUCAAGGGGAUUUAUGAUCUUCAUGCACAAGGACUACUGCAUCGCGAUUUGAAACCAGACAAUAUGGGUCUAUGUUCAAGAGAACAGCCGAUUGCGUUGCUCUUCGAUCUCGGUAUGGCUAGGAUGUAUACCGAUGGGGAAAGCGAUAUACGACCACCACGGACAUGCUGUCCGUUCCGUGGAACACCCGAAUGGGCAAGUGGACAUGCACAAAAAGGACGGGAGCAAACACGCUUUGAUGAUCUCAUUGCUUGGCUCUAUGUCACGUGUGAAUUAUUUGCAAAUGAACGUGAGCCCAUCCAACCUUUGCCAUGGACGUACAGAAAUAAUACGAGGGCACAUAAAUAUCUCAAAUCAUUGUACUGCCCUGCUCGUUAUCUCUUGAAAACAUUGCCACACCAGUUUUAUGCAAUUAACGCAUAUCUUCAAACAGCGAAUCCUCAAAAGCCACCAGAUUACCAUUUUCUGGCCGAAAAAACUUCUGAAGCAAUCAAGGAGUUGGAAGAAGAAAUCAAAAAAUUGCCACCGCCACCGGAACCUGUGACUGCUGAGGAAGGGAAAAAUAUGAUCCGUAAAGGAUCAAAAGGAAAGUCAAAAAGCAAAAGCAAGAAGAAAUCAGAUGCUGAAAACAAUAGGACGAAGAAUUUGAAGGAUAUCUCAAAGAAAUAA